AUGUCUGCUCUUGACGGCUACGUUCAGGAACUCGAGAAGCUCGAUGGCAAGAUCUGCACCUAUGGCAAGGACUGGCUCCGCACAUGGGAUAUGAACGACGAAACAAUCAGAUCCACACUCAACUGCUCAUGGGCACUUGAGGAACUCAUCAAGAACAACGUUUCUUGCAAGAUUUUCAAGUCCGGCCUUGGCGCUUCCAUCUUCCGUGAUAACUCAACACGUACACGCUUCUCCUUCGCCUCUGCCACAUCAAUGCUCGGCCUUUCCCUUUCCGAUCUCGAUGAAGGCAAGUCCCAGAUCUCCCACGGUGAAACAGUUCGCGAAACAGCUACAAUGAUCUCAUUCUUCACAGAGGCCAUCGGUAUCCGUGAUGACCUUUACCUUGGCGCUGGCCACAAGUACAUGCUCGAAGUUGGCGAGUCCAUCACAGAAUCCGCUGAAAAGAAGGUUCUCUUCAAGCGCCCAUGCAUCAUCAACCUUCAGUGCGAUGAAGAUCACCCAACACAGGCUAUGGCUGAUCUUUCCCACCUCGUUAAGGUCUUCGGAUCCCUCGAGGCUCUCCGCGGCAAGAAGAUUGUCAUGUCCUGGGCUUAUUCUCCAUCAUAUGGCAAGCCACUUUCCGUCCCACAAGGCUUCAUCGCCCUUCUUUCCCGCUUCGGCACAAACCUUGUCCUCGCUCACCCAGAGGGCUACGAUCUCAUCCCAGAAAUCAUCGAAAUCACAAAGAAGAACGCUGAGAAGGCUGGCGGCUCAUUCGAAAUCUCACACAACAUGAGAGAGGCUUUCAAGGGCGCUGAUGUCGUCUAUCCAAAGUCCUGGGCUCCAAUGUGGAUUUCCGAGAAGCGUACACAGCAGCUUAAGAAGAAGGACUAUGAUGGCCUUAAGGCAACAGAGAAGGAAUGCCUCGAACUCAACAAGAAGUACAUCGACUGGCAAUGCGAUGACGAGAUGAUGGCUACAACAAAGGACGGCAAGGCCCUCUACAUGCACUGCCUUCCAGCAGAUAUCUCUGGACUCUCAUGCGAACGCGGUGAAAUCACAAACGAGUGCUUCCAGAAGAACCGCCUUGAUACAUACUUCGAGGCCUCCCACAAGCCAUUCAUAAUCGCUUCCAUGAUCAUGCACUGCAAGUGCAAGUCUGUUGCUGGUGCUAUCAAGGGCAUCAUUGCUCGCAAUGAGAAGAACCAGGAAUUCUAA